AAAAAUGUUUCACAGUUUUCUAUGAACAAUGAAUGGAAGUGAAUGUUACUUGAUUACGAGAAACCGUCUUCAACAGAGGAUUAUUUCAACUCGUUUAUGUUUAUCUCUUUUUAUUAGCAUUGUUUUAUGUUCAUUGGACCACGAGCAAUCGGCAAUUACUAAUUGGUAUUCCACACGCACAAUUUCCCAGGUCAAUGUUUAAGUGAUUGUUUUCCGGGGAGAAAGUUCUGAGACCUAAAAGGCGAGGCAAUCCGUGGAGAUGAGGCCAAGCGACAGAUUAUAACAAUUUUGAUAAUAAGCAAUUAUUAAUAUAAUUCUUAAUUCUUAACAAUAGAGAUUAGUCCCUAAAUCUAAUAACAGAUUAAUUAAAUUAAAUUGAAAUUAAAAUAUACUGCAUUCAAUUCAAAAUAUAAAACAUUUUUAAUUAUAAUUUGAAUGUUAAUAAAAUUCAGUUUCCUUUUUAUCCUUUUCCCGAACUGUUAAUAAUAAAUUAAAUGAGAGAUAAUAUUUUUUUAAUAAAGUACUAUAAUAUAAAAACGCAUGAACUUCCUUACACAUCAAUAAAAUUACCUAACAAUAAGGUUAUAUUGUGAUAAAUAUUAAUAAGGUUACACAACAAACUAAAGUGAUAAAUAUAAGAGUAAAAUAGGCAAAAAAUUUUAAAAUUUAUUAAGUAUCUUGUAUUUUCAAUUAAAAUGAGCUGAAAAAAAUGUUUUAUAAUUUAAAUAGGAGGAACUAUUUAUUAAAUAAUGAAAUUAAUAUCUGGAAUGAAAUUUAAAAGUUACCGAAAGUAACCGGAAAACACAAGUGAACAAAAGUACGCUUUUAUCCCUCGCAAAAUGAUGAAAUAUGAAAGGAGAACGACGAAAAUGGUGUAACGAGUCAGCUCCUGGUUUGCACAUGAUCGUAUUUCUCUGCGAACGCAAAAUAUGUGGAUGUUUGGUUGGAAGGGGCCAUCAGGAUUCUCAGCCACUUCCACUGCGGAGCAAGUUACUCAAGGAAUCGAUGGAAACGAUCUCACCGCCAUCGUCACAGGGGCAUCUAGUGGUCUUGGUCUUGAGACCACCCGAGUUCUAGCAUUGCGUGGAGUCCAUGUGGUUAUGGCUGUAAGGAAUGUGGACUCUGGUAUGAAUGUCAAAAACAGAAUACUCAAGGAAAUCCCCUCUGCUAAAAUUGAUGUCAUGACGUUAGACCUUAGCUCAAUGGCAUCAGUAAGGAAAUUCGCUGCAGAUUACAAUUCCUCUGGUCUGCCUCUCAAUAUCCUAAUUAAUAAUGCAGGAAUUAUGGCUGCCCCAUUCACUCUUUCUCAAGACAACAUUGAGUUGCAGUUUGCAACCAAUCAUUUAGGUCAUUUCCUGUUAAUAAACCUUUUAUUGGAAAAUAUGAAGAAAACUGUGCAUGAAUGCAAGCGGGAGGGAAGAAUAGUUAUUCUAUCAUCAGAGGCACACAGAUUUGCAUAUAAUGAAGGGAUUCGUUUUGAUAUGAUCAAUGAUGAAUCCAGAUACAACAGUUAUUUUGCUUAUGGACAAUCAAAGCUUGCUAAUAUUUUGCAUGCAAAAGAGCUUUCAAGGCGCUUGAAGGAAGAAGGAGUGGAAAUAACUGCUAACUCCCUUCAUCCGGGGACAAUUAUAACAAAUAUUCUUCGGUAUCAUGGUUUCUUUAAUGCCGUUGCUAGCGUGGUGGGAAAGUUCUUCCUGAAAACUGUGCAGCAGGGAGCUGCAACUCAAUGUUAUGUGGCGUUACAUCCACAAGUCAAGGGAAUAUCUGGUGAAUAUUUUAUGGACAGCAACAUGGCUAAUCCCACCUCUCUGGCUACAGAUUCAGAAUUGGCGAGAAAACUCUGGGAAUUCAGCUUGAGCCUGACGGAUCAAAAAUAGGUUUUUUUUUUUUUUUGGUCUUGAGAGGACCCAAAGUAGCUCGCAGCUUUGUCGGGCUUUUUCUAGGCGAGAAAACUGUUAUAGAACAUGAUAUGUUGCCGCCUAUUAGGAUUUUUUUUUUCCCCAGUACACAAAGGUAAACAUUGAAAUGCUUGAAAUGGCAGAAUUGAACCUGCGGCUUGUCACCAACAGGAUCAUACCACUAAGUUACAAGGCGAAUGACCCAUUACGAAUUUCAA